AUGGUGGAGCAGAAUACGCUAAGCCCUUUUGAGAACACCCGCGCUGACUUUUCUAUCCCGGCGCCUUCUCGCCCACUCCCCGGUUCAACUGACUUGAUCUCAUUUCGCGACUUCUAUAUCUCCAUCUACGAAAUGGCUUCUGCCCUUGCUAUCGGACUUGGCAUUGCCACAACCGCCUUUUUGGGCCGCGCCGGUCUGGUCGCCUACCGCCGCUCCAAGGGAGGCUUAAACGCUGCUGGAAAGGCAUUCUAUAAAGGAGGAUUCGAACCGCGCAUGAACCGUCGGGAAGCCUCCCUGAUUCUACAACUCUCUGAACGAACCUUGACCAAGGACAAGAUCCGCAAGAACCACCGCCAGCUCAUGUUGCUUAACCACCCCGAUCGCGGCGGCAGCCCAUACUUGGCUACCAAAGUCAAUGAGGCGAAGGAAUUCCUCGAUAAACAUGUUUAA